UCUCUUGGGCUUUCCGCUGUCUCCCUCCGCCAGCGGACAUAGACCCCUGCGAAUCGGCGGUGCACAGCUAAAUGUGUGCCUCCUUCAUCGCAACAAAACCGCGACAUUUUGCGGUUAUACGAUUACUUAUCGCGUAAAAGCAAAGAGUCUUUAAACCCGCGUCCCUCUGUUUUCUUCGUUUUAGUUGACAUUGGACACCGCUGAUGUUUCAACGUCCAUGUCCUCCCGUAGGCAGUGCCGCGGAGUGAUACUCCUCUGGAACCGACAAUGUGGAGGCUGUUAAAAUGUCUACUUGGAAAAUGAAAUGGUUAUAAUUUAUCUAACUAUACGGAAACGGGGUAACACAAUAGUUAUGGUUUGCGCUGGGGACGGGUUUUUAGUUUCUUGACAACGACGACAGCGAGACGACGCGGCGGAGGAGUAUUUCAUAUCGUCUUUGCUCAUUUUUCAUCAAGCCAACAGUCCGGACCACGGGGAAGGAUCCUAUCCCUAACUUUGUUUUUCUCUCUACUCCAGCCGCUGAUUUCUCCCGGUUGGAUGCCACAUAUUUGAAUUCAGGUAACUGUGGAUUUUGAUACACAUUCAUAAAAACAAUAUGCAUGUGAAACAGAAGUUAUCUGUUACGUUAGGACCGGGGUAAUCAUCAAGUUUAAAGCGCAUCGUUCAAGUUGUAAUCGACUGCUACAGCCGGGAAAGCGAGGUCUCGGAUUUUCGUCCCCUCGGCCUGAGCAAACUCGCACUGCUACAACUGAGUGUAACCAGGUCAUGUAUGUGUGCUGCAGACUUCUUUGUUCAUUUCAAUAGGCUUUAACGUUACACCACAUUAGCAUACAAACAGACCGAGUUAGCUGCCCCGGACACUAGCUGUCUGUAGUAUGAGUAUGAAUGUUUGAAGUAAAAGUAUAAUAAACGUAAAAAGUUGACGAAUCCGAGAAAUGUUUUGGAUUAGUUCAAGCAAACUGGAACAUUCCUGCUUUUGAUUUGAGCUGCAACAUCUUCCACCUGUUACCGAUAUGUUACAUUUUCUCAAAAAGAAUCAAUUUUAGUACAAUUCAUUAUAUAAUCCUUAAAAUUUAAACAUCUUCAUAUUUAUACAAGUGUAACUCUGGGACACCCACCACCACCACCCCCAACACCACCGCCGCAGAUUCACACAAACACACACUCACCCCCUUAUCAACAGCCACCUACUACUGUUACAAUAAUGUAGGUAAAGCUUUACUAACUCCAUCCUACACAAUUUAGGUACAUCAUGGAAGAUGUUAUUUGGGAAAGGACAUGCAUUUUCAUUUGGUUGUGUUUGACCACUCAAAUGAAACUUUGAGUGUCCGGGUCUUUGUGUUCAUCAGUGCCCCUAGUCUGCUUUUCGACAUGAGGAGAAGGCAACAGGUUCUUAGAUGAUUUUAACCUCCUGCAGGAUUCACAUACUGUCACGGCAUUGAAAACACACGCCGAUCACAACCUGUCUCUUGUUUAACUGAAGUAAUCAUGUGUUGUGUGGCUUUAUGUGCCAUAAAAGUUUAUUUACCCAAAUGGGCAGGCCGGAGGUGGGGGUGCUCAAGACCAGCGUAUGUAACUUCCAUUUGUUAGGAGGGGCCAAACUCUUAUCCCCCAUUUUGACCUCAGCUCAAUGAGAGGCUGAAAACUCUUGAUAAUGUUGUCAAAAUAUUUUGACCUCUUUUUUUAUAACACAACUCGCUUUGGUUGUUGGUUGUGUGUUAAUAACCCCUUUGUAUCACUAUAGCUUUUUUUACCCUCAGGCUCAAUCCAGUAUUAGUAUGAGUUCAUGUCUGCAGCUAAGUUUUCCUUUUAUCACCAUGUGUCAACAAAGAAUGCAUUUUUGUUCUUGUCAUAUUCACAAGACAACACACAAUACCUGCAGCAGUAUCACUAUUUCAAGAAGCACUCCAGUCAUUCUCCCAUUAGAAUCACUUUUAAUGUGUUAGUAUAAGUCAUGAAUAGGCCGACUUCUGUAGAAGCCUGUCUUUCGUCAUACUCUCAGGUGAUUCCUGGUUAUCAAGUUGUGACAACAAGAGUCUCAGUAAAAAUCUGAUCUAUGUUAGGCUUGUAGUUAAAACUGAUUAUUGUUUUCUGACCUAUUAUUUGGUGUUUAAAAAGGUUAGUCCCUAUCUAAUCAUUCAAAUGGUCAUUGAAUGUUUUUAGUUUUAAUUUGCCAACCAAUCAAAUCUAUAACAGAUUAUUAAAGUUAUACUUUGUAAUUCCAUUGAUUAAAUGCCUUUUUGGGGGACUCAGUGUGAUGAAGACAAAAUUGACAUUGUUUAUAAUAUUGCAGAUCCAGCAAUUGAUGCAGAAACAUUGAAGGGAAUAUUACUGGUACCCAUAAUGAUAAUUUGUUAAAAAACAAAUACCAAGAGUUGGCAUAUUCUUGGUAAGCAGGUUUUGGCUUGUUUUUUAGGACACAGCUCAUAUAAUCGAACAAGGCAAAAUUCCUAAAACAGUGGUUCUUAAGUCCAGUCCUCGAGGCCCACUGUCCACACCUGAUUCAAAUGAUCAGCUCGUUAUCAAGCUCUGUAAUGGCUUAAUAACGAGCUAAUCAUUUGAAUCAGGUGUGUUGGAGCAGGGAAACAUCCAGAACAUGCAGGACAGUGGGCCUCGAGGACUGGACUUGAGAACCACUGUCCUAAAACAAUAAAAGACACACUCCCAACUCAGAAAAAGUGAAUCAGUUAAAUUAAACAAUGGCUUCUUGUAAAAGUGAUAUAGAAAUUAAGCUCCCAAGAUCUCUGAUUAAGUCCAAAAAAUGGGUAACGAGUAUUUUUCCACUAGUAAAUCAAUGCUAAUAAGUGACACUUAUUUAGGUAUCAGACGCAAAAAGGCCACAGGUGCUUUGAUACAAGCUCUUCACACAGGGUACUACAGCAUUAGUAGUACACAUCAUUUACAAUUUGAGAGGUUAGUGUGCUGUUGUAUUACUCAGUUAGUCUUUUCAUAAAAGCUGUUUGGUUUUUGAGGUAGAGAAAGCAGCCUGAGCUCAGGGCCUGACAAACAGCAUGUGCAGUGUGGCCUGUGGCUAAAUCGUGUCAGAUGUAGGCUUAUACUGAAAUUCCUGGAAGUGGCUCUGUUUACAUGUUGUUGUUUAUCAUUCUGAUCAUGUAGUGUUUCACUUUUGCUGGGUAGAUUGGAGCUAUUCAGGAUUUUGAUUGAUAAUUUGAAAAGAUGACAUGAAAUCAGGCACCACUCUUUUAAAAGCUAACUUGAUUGUUUUGUUUUGCGUAUUUCAUGGAUGUUAUUGUGUUUGUAGUGACUGCUUUUGAUUCAUACCUGAAUCUUUAUCUGCUGUGUAAAGCCGAUAAGAAAUAGAUAUCAGAUUUACUUUAUGACUCAAUUCCACAAUACCGGACUCAAUUGUCCGGUAUUGUGUGUGGUAUUGUGGUUAUCCCAGCUUAACAAGGGAGAUCUUUAGAGACAAGCUCAGUGUUCUUAGUUGUGUCAUUUUACUCUCAGUUUUGUUUGUAUUGUUGAAAUAUCAGGGACACAGCAACAAAAGAAGACAUAUCGUUUACAAGAUGCAACAACACUGGCGCUCAAGAGACAGGUUUAAACAUGUGUCCAGUUUAACUUUAUUUUUAAAGGCCCAGUUGCCCUAAAGCAUUACAUCACUGCUUGCCUACCCCUCUGCAACACCCUUAACUUUUGUUCAGCUGAGUAAAGUCAAUCUGAAUGCCUCAAACUGCUCUAUUAGCUGUAUACACCCUCAUUUUGACCACAAACCCACAUCUGUGUGCGAGUUUUGGUUUGAUAUUUUGUUGAAAGGUCAUGAUGUUGUCACGUCAUUGAUACCUGAAUGAGAAAAACAGACUUGGGUCACAUUAAAGCAUGUUGACAGCACACUCACAUCAUCGUCUCCUUCCCUUGUAGCCGCUUGCUGACACCGAGAGCCACGAGUGAACAGCAGCAGAGAAUGGCUACAGUGGAAACGGACAAAGAGCUCAACGACUUGCUGGAUUUUAGCGCUGUAAGAUCUCUCUUAAUCAUGCUUUAAUUUAUAGUUAAUUUCAUGUUCACAGAUUAACAUAUCAUUCAGCUUACAUAAUAGUAUGUUAUAGGUUGAAAUGUGAAUGAAUUUUAGGACAUUCCUGACUGGGUCAGUUGGUCAGGCUUUGAUCAGUUGCAGUUCUAUUACAUCAGCUCACUUUAAUUUUAGCUGUCACUCAGUCAGAGCUGGUAUGUGUAGAUUGUGUCAUGCCCAUUGUAGGUGUUGGCUCGAUAGGGCAGGAGCCAAGAUUAAAAAGUAUGAACCACCAACUAGGGGACAUUUCACAAGAGGGAGGAAGGAAUGUAAAUGUGGACUUGGCUGAAUUGUUAAACUGUAAUUUUCUAUCAUUUCAGAUGUUUGAGCUUCCGGUUUCAAAUGGCAAGAACCGGCCAACUACUCUCGCCAGUCAGUUUGGAGGUUCAGGUAAGAUGAAAAACAAAAUUCAAACCAAUGUUCAAUUUUUCUUUCUUUCAUCGGUUAAUUUAUAUUAUAUAAAAACAACACACUCUUCCUAUGGAUCCAACCAAGAGAGGGUUUUGUAUACGCUGUAAUGAAAUAGUUCAAGUAAUUUCACUUCAUUUUCUUCCUCAUACGGAUGUUGAACUGCUCCGGUUGGGUCGUAAAUCUUCUCAACAGUACACCGUGACAGUAAUGUGCUGAUAGAGCCUCAUCAUGGUUUUUUGUUUGUUCAUAGAGUACAAAACUUGACCCGUACUCCUUUUCUGGUUGUGAGUCGUGUUUGUUUGCAGAUAUUCGGGUGAAACCCCAGGAAACAGUGCCAGUCCUGUCUCCUCAUGUUAUGUAGCUCAAGCGUCUUCUCCUUUACACUUCACUCUCGCCUCGCAGGUGUCCCUUCCCUCACCUUCUCAGCUGUAGCCAUUCAAUCACUUGAGGACAAAGGCAGGAGGGUGGGGGGUGAUGGGAACAUCCCAGUGAACCCUCCCAUGCUUGCUGUCACACGGGGUGUAUUUUCUUAAACUAUAAUUUAGCACCUUGUUCUCUACCCUUAGAUAAUAGUGAGUAAGUGAAACUGGAGAUUCCCCUCUCCUUAUGUUAUCAUCGCAGGUCUUUUUUGUAUUUCUGCCGCUUAAAUCAAAGUAAGACGCUUUUAAAUCGACCUGAUUUUCACUUGCUUCAGUAGAUCCGCUCGCCCCCUCCUUAACCUUUUUCUGUCACCAUCUCCUGAAGCGCAGUAGGUCUUCACUCUGAAAUGAAACAGGAUAUUGAAGUUAAGAUGAAAAAACAAAAGCCAGCAGUGACAGGGUGGAGUUCAGGGGGGCUCUUUUUUCUCGUAUUCUCUUGAGGGCCACUCGCAGUUACUUUUUUUGCGAGGUGUGCGCUUCUAGAGGAGACACAGUGAUGUUAUCAACCCAACGUCUGCUCUUGUCAUUGUCCAUCGGCUUAAAAAUAUACUCCACCCAAAAUCCAUCCUUUUAGUGUUGAACACUGCUCAUGCUGUGUCUGGUAUAAAAAUGCAGUUGACGUCUUAAUGGAGAUCAUCUCAACACCAAGAUCUAACUUACAUAUACUGACAUUCAUAAGGUUGGAAAACAGGAUUAAAUGUUUACAUGGACAGGACUAUGCACAUUUUAUUGACUGCUUAGUUGUGAUGUCUGUAUGAUACUCUAUGAUGAGUUUUUGGUAGGCAGUCUCACCCAAACCAAACCUAAACCUGUGCUCACUAACUGUAUUUUGCUACCCGCACCUAAGGUGCAAGGCUGGUGGAUGUACAAGUGCUCUUCAGGGAACCUUUUGUCGCUUUGUUGUCUGCUGUUUGUUAUUUUUGUGUUUCUACAUGAAAAAAAAAACUAAACUCUUGUUUCACAAGACAGAGAAAACCCAAAAUUCAGCACUGCUGGGUAUUCGACUGGUGUAUCUGGUUAAAGGAUUAAACAUCUGCCAUGAGAUGCCUUUCUCCUGGUGUGGUUGGGGUUUUGGAUAUGCUGAGGUUUAACAUGCUAGGCUGUGAGGUUCCUCCCCAUGGUAAUACAUCUGUGUCUCUUCAAUCCUUUUUUUCGCGAGUCAGUUCGAGCACUUUCAUUUUUUGCUCUCUGGAAAGUGAAAAUCCCAAAAUAUAUUUUUACAGUUUCCUACGCCUCUGAAAUGCAAGAGGGGGGAAGUUUCAGAUUUGCAUAAAAUGUUUAAUAGAUAAAAACAGAUGUAUCGGUGAAAAACAAGUGGUUUUGAUGUAUGAAAUCUGAAUCGCAGCUCAAGUGUAUCAUAGUGUGUAUGUUGUUUAACUCAGGGCCAGUGUUGGAGGCUAUCUAAUGUAAUCCGUACUUUUUUAAUGGAUAUGAGCGCACUUGUGUUGGAGAAGUCUCUGGUGACUCACAGGUUAAAACAGCUAGGCCUGUGUUAUUGUACAUUGUUCGGGAUUUUAUUAACAGUGUUCAGUCUCUUGAGAUUUGAUCUGACAUCAUGCUUUGUGUCUGUGUGACUCACUUUGCCAGGGGAAGGAAGAAGGUGUGUAGACAAAGAGGCACACGCAGUUAAAGGUGCCUGAGGCAGUGUUCCUGUAAAAACCAAGGCUUGUCUGCAAGUUUGGUCAAUGUAUGUGCCGGAGUUUUUGCUCAUGAAGCUUAUGACUCAGGCCGGCUGUCUGUUCCCAGUAUCUCUUCCUGUGUAAUUAUAGACUAGCCAUGCUUAAAGGGGCGUUGCAUGCUGGGAGGAGAAGUGCACCGGGGUUCACCAGAGAAUUUGUCUGAUGUUACUCACUCUUCUCUUCAUCUUUCUCUCUCUAGUCCUGUUAGUCUGAGUCGAGCACUACUCAUAGUUUCCCUCUGGUUUUGGCACUUAUUGUAGCACUAAUGGGUAUCCUGACACAGAUUUCUGUUAGAUUUUGUCCGUCAAAAUGUGGUUUAGUUUCAAAUUGGUGUAGAAAUCGUAUAAAUGCGCCACAAUGACUCUUGUCACAACAGAAGUUUGAUAUGCUAAAGAACUUCAAAUUUGAACCCCAUAAGGGGCCGUGUAGGCCAAUAGGGCGGUGAUUUAAAAACGACAUGUCAAACAAAAUAAGAACAGGAUGAGCAUGGAUCAAAGACAUCUAACAGGAGACUGUGUUGAAGAGGAAACAAACAUCUCCAAUUGUUGAAAAAGUUGGGUCACUGACGUCACCAAACAUGUGUUUCAAAUAUGUUUAUAAUUUUUUUUUUUGUAUGUUUUUCAUCCGGUGAUGGUUAAAACUGCAAUCUUGAAGCAUUUUAAUCGGAGUGAAUGCAGAUAUUUCCUCAGACUUGAAUGUGUCUGAACAAGUGAACCACUUUGUCGACUAGGAUCGUCAUCAAAGAGGCGAAUUCGAAUUAAAAUAUUGGUCAUGAUAGAAGGUAGAAAGGCCUUAUUUAGUCAUCUGUUUGAGUUUAAUGGGGAUGCUGACAGAGUUUUUAAACGAUAAGCUGUGUUUACACAACCACAUAAAAGCCAGUCUCAAGAAAACAACUUCAAGGGGGUCUUAGGUUUUGCAAUUCAGAGGGAAAAACCCAUCAAGUGUAGUUUUUCUGAAACCACUCUGACCAGAUGCACAGAGUAACCAUAGCGGGUAAACUCCACCAGUUUCACAUACCGAUGCUCUUACAUGAUAUUUUUCAGGCUGGUACCUGUUAAACAUGAGUUGAUCUGUGGUCACUUAUAAGCCCCUCUACCCACCAACCAACGGAUGCAGCUGAGCUCGAGAGAAAAAAAAAGUCCUCAAAGUGAAAUAGUGUCCUGAACAAUGUGAGUCAGGCAGUCACUCAGCAUAACAAAGGUGUGGUGGCAUAUGAUGUCCUAACUCAGAGCACAUAUGUGUAUGUUCAGUGUUAAACCAGUAUGUGCUGUGGAGCUCCAGAGCACUACAUACAAUAUACAGUCUGUGAGGCUGUUGACUUCUAUCAUGGAAAAUAACAGAGAUUCUUUUUUAGAGAGAAUUGAUGAUUGAUCAAAUAAAACUAUAACAGUACCUGAAUGAUAUCAUGAGCUCAUCACAGUGUAAUCCACGAGUGGGAGAAAGAAUCAAUGCAGCAUAGUAUUGUGAUAUUUUGUCUGGCGAUAUAUCGUAUCGUCUCAUUUACCAAAGUAUUGAUAUUUUUCAAAUUAAUUGCUAAUAUUAAGUCAAAUCUAUGAUAAUGGGAAAAUAAAAUUAACUGUUUGUCCAGUGAGGUUGGCAGAGGUGACAUCAUAGAGCAGAAGAAAGUUAGUACAAAAGUAUAUAUUAGGUUUGCAAGAUGUACUACAUGAAAAUAAGACAAAUAUAAAGGAAAGGCAAAUGCUAAAUUAGCUUAACUGUUUUAAAAAUUGUAUAAAUCGCAAUAUAUUGUAUCACAAUAUUCACUGUAUUGCAAAAUGUUAAAAAUCACAAUAACAUCAUAUCGUGGCCCAAGUGUCGUGAUAAUAUCGUAUCGUGGGGCCACUACUGAUUCCCGGCCCAACUGACAAAUGUUUGUGUGUAACUUUAUGAAUCAGAGUUUUUUGUAUUCAGCAGUUUUCACAUCGAAUACUUUAAAAGGUUAAAUAGUGUAUGCCCAAAUUUAUUGCAUAUUGUGUGUAUAUACAUAUACACAUAUCAUAUUAAUUCCAUAAUCCAGCCCCCUUAGGUAUGAGUAAUCCCCACAUUAUUCCCUUUCACAUUCCAUUAGUUCGAGUAGAUUAGUGUUUGGAUUCAUCUCUGACACCUGUUUAUUCUGCACCUGAACGCACAGGAGAGGCGAGUGUCAUUCAAGUGAGAUGUGGAGAUGUCUGUAGAGUGCAGUAUGUACCCUUCUUUCAGUGGAAUGAAUCAUGACACUGAAGUAUUUCUUGUCUUAUGGCUUUAUCUUCCAAACUCUGGCUAAAAAUGUAGAGAAUACCACGCCUGUCUUACUCAGUAGCUUUAAAUCCUUUUUUUGAAUGAUAUGCUGUCUGAUUCUGAAUAUGUCUGUAUAUGAAGGGGUGACCACCUCCAUACAGAAGCACUUAUUGGUUUCUUUUCCUGUAAUUAGCUAUCUGGCUGCUUAAAUUCAGCUGCAAUAACAGACUUCACUGUAAAUAGACUUCUUGAAUUUCCAGCUGAAAGUAACUUGUUGUCAUUUAGUCACUAUCUCUUAUCCACAUUUCCACACGACUAUAACACAGUCACAAUCCAAACGUUGAAUUGUCAGCUCGAGCGCUGAUGGCUCUCAGUGGAAACCAAUGGUUUGUGCAUUUUCUUUAUCGUCUUUGAUUGACGUGCAGAGUGACAGUCAGCCAUAGAGAGGGGACAAGACAUUGUCUCCUUCAUCUCUUAUUCUGCUGGUGUCGUGCGUAUAGAUCACAGUUGUCACGGCAAUCUAGCAGCUCUCAGCGCUGUGGACCCAUCAUUCUGUUCUACUGCUGAUCCUGUCAUGAUUCUAGCCCGCCUCUACCCCCCCUUCUCUCUCCCCUCUCCGCUUUUUAAUUAGACAACAAAACAAAAAUAUGAAUAUUCAUAGAGCUCAGCUUCAUUAAUAUGCACAAUUAUGCAAAUCAGUACACAAUUAAGCCUCAGCUCUCCCCCAGAGACGCUGUGUUGCAGUACGAGAGGAGACUUGGAGAGAAAGGGGACGGACAGGAAUUUCUGCUUCACCAAUCUUUAAAAUCACUCCUGCCACAUACGUUCACCUCUCUAAAAGCUGCAGCACUCCGCCAAUGGAUAAUGUUCGUCACUUAUGUUCGAUUGAGACCUUUCAUCUGCAUGGCGAAGGUGUAGGCCUGAUGCGAGAGAAUACAUGGGCGAUGAAUGACUGUUGCCAUGGCAAAUGUAAAGGAGAGUGGGAGAAUGAAGAAUGUCGAGGAUGAUUCUGGGAGUCUCAUACUGGGUGUUAAUUAUUCAAACUUCCUACAGCUCAUAUCCACGUUAUGUGACAGCGCUGUCACUAUGCUGUCAGACUUUGUGAGCUGUGAAGUGAAGCUCUUCAAUGGGGGUUACUUUGAGCAGCCUGAAAAACCUGUAUCAAAUCAGGUCAACUUCAUCGUUCGCCGAAGUUAGACUGAGUUUUGCAAAAGUGUAAAUGCUGUUUACAGAUGUGUUUGCCUUCUAACUGCUAAUGUGCCUAACCCAGUUCUUUGUCUUCCAGGUAUAGAUGAGAGGAGUGGGUCCAGUCCCUGGGGGCCAGGACAACAGAACAGUCCAUCUUUCAACCAGGGAAGGGUAUGUGUUCCCCCCCUUUCCCUUAUUCCACUUCAUCUAGCAAUGAAGAUGUCAUGCCAUAGAGCCUGAGAGAAACCCAGUAUAGGUUUGGGUGAUGAUUUCAUCAAAAACACAAAAUUUUGGAUGUUUCACAGCUGACACUUUCUUAGCCUCAUUACAGGAACAUCAACUGUAACCUGGCUCUGCACUUUGAGUUUGAUGCACUUGAUUGAUGUGACUGAACUCAGAUCUCAUGAGUUUUCUAGUAAUUAAGACAGACUGUAUAUACAGAGGGUUUUCACACCUUUGUUCAGUGCAUGAAAACAACAACAACAAGCAUUCACACCGAGUGAUAAUCGUACAUCCCUAAGCUAGUUUGAUCAGACUGUAUGUCUCCUCGACAGCUGGUCUAUAUGCACCAGAUUACUGGUUUAGAAAGCCUUAACUCCGUGUCCAGAUUAUAACUUUAACCAAACUGGUUUUUGAAGCUAAAAAAUUUGGAAAGAUCGCGACCAAGAAGUGAACAUUUGUACCUGAUUCUUCUGCUGUCCUCUCCUCAGGCUUAUGGAGAAGAAGGCCUUUACAGUGAGCAAGAGGGCAUUCCCUCUGCCCCUAUUUUUGGAUCAGGGAUUGUUGGUAAGAAUGUUUAAAUUGAACUAUGUUGUCGAAGUACCGCAACUUUCACAUGGUCUUUUUUUUUUUUAAACUACAGAGAAUGAAGGGAAUUUGGGUUUAAGGUUUGUUAUGAUAGAACCAAGACAAGGACAAACCUGCUGAUUGAAAUGAACAAGUUUAUUCCAGCGGACUGUGAGACUGAGCCAGAACAAUAGGUUGUUUGUUUGAGAGAGCAGCCGUUCCCUGGUUAGACACUAAUGUACCACUUUAGGGCAAACCAUAUUUAUGCUUAGGUGGCAGUGGAUGAAGGGAGCAGGGCAAUCAGGGAGGAUGUGGAGGAUGGGUUUGUUCAUGUGUUCAGCGCAGGGGGGUGGGGGGUUGGAGGGUGGGGGUGUAAAGGGCACCCAUGCACAAACAAGGCUCUCCCUUGGGACUGUAGCUCUACUCUGUUUAACUGUCAUGGGAGGGGGACUGAGGUUGGGCACAAUUGCCCCUGAACCAUUUAUAAUGGGCCAAUUUGUUGUUGUUUUGCCGUCCACAACCGUAAAUACCACACAUCAUCACAUGGACACACGUAGCAGAUGGGAUGUACCCACAUGGAGAGCGAAGAAUAGCCAGAUUGGGAUUUAAUAUCGACAUAAAGGCCCAAUUUUACAAUCAUGACCUGAUUAGAUAUUUCCUUCUCCAAACAGGGAAGACUGAGCGAGGACCGUACCCGUCAUUUUCAGCACAGGUAAAUCAGUCUAAACCAGAAGAAAACCCCUCUUCCUUUUCUAGAAAUUCUGUUUCUCCAUUAGUUGUAAUUUAUUGCCAUACAUGUUUAUUUUUUAGCAGAAUUUGACAUUAAAAGAGCUUGUGCUUUCUUUUAUGUCAUCCUUAGCCGGGCUUUAUGCCCAGCGAGAUACCCAUGUCCAGUCCAAAUGCCCUCCCCUCAUCUGGCCUGAAGUCCAACUCCCAGUUUUAUUCUUCUUAUGAGGGAGGCAACGCUCGACGAAGACCCUCACAGGAGCCCAUUGGUAAGAUUUUAGAGGACAAAGGACAAAGCUGAGGCAAGAAAUCAUCAAAGAUGUCAUUUUAGAGAGAAAGUUUUUUGUGUUCUCAUUUCAGUGUGUAUAAUCACCUCUGCUGAGGUUUAAAAACUGUUGGAGGAUUUUCGCUUCUGCUUAGUUAAAGAGAGUGAAACCACUGCGUCCUCAAAGAUGAAAGUCCCUGAACAACAUCAGACUAGAAUACCUUUUGAUGAGGCAUUAAUGAGUCGUCACAGGACAGAUGGAUGGAUUGGUUUAGUAGGACUUCAGAAAGAAGGGGGCUGCAUAAAUGAAAAUCCCUCAUCAGUAGUUGUACUUAAACUUGUGUGAUAAGAGAACGUCUCCGUGUUUGUUAGCAUGCCCAUGUGAUUUCUGUCUGUCUCCCCUCAGAUUCUCAGCCAAAAAAGAUCAGGAAGGUGCCCCCUGGCCUGCCCUCCUCAGUGAGUACUAGCAGCCACAAAUGUUGGAACAUAGAGACGCACACCUCAGCCGGUCCAUGGGAGUCUGUGUUUUCAUGUUUCGCACCCAUUUUCACAUUCCAUUUGACAGCUUGAGCCUCUCCUUGGCAUGCAAAGCGGUAAAAUCUCUGCUAUACAGGAGAUCCAGCUCUUACAGCUGUGUAUCUGCACCACUGAAGUGAAAAAAAAGAAAGAAAGAAAGGGGGGGAAAAAAGCCAAUCAUUCACCCAGUCACUCAUUUCUAGCAUGUAUUUAUAGUGUGUCGUAUUUGUAGGUCCUUUACUUUAUGGCCGCAUUUCUUCCCCUCUGCCAAGUGCACUCGUCAAACCGCUGAAGGGAAUUCAUCCUGGAGUUUGAUGGUUCUCACUCCACCUCAUUUUUUCCCUCCUACUCUCGCUCUCUGGGCACCCCAUUUCCUCCUCUUUUCUGCCCCCCUUUUCUUCCUCCACCCCCUCCUCCCCUUCUCUACCACACAACCCCCCUCUCUCUGCCUCCUCCUCCUUCCCGCUGCCCCCCUCCUUUUCUCUCUCUCUCUCUCUCUCUUUCUCCCUCCCCCAUCCCUCUAUCCCAGCUGCCAGUGGAGUUGGCUGCCGUCCAGGAUUCGGCAGAUGGUUCAGUAAUUAGGAGUGCAUCUCUCCGUUCCCUCUUCUCCUCUCCCCUCUUUUCCCUCUCCUUUUUCUCUCUGUUUAAUCAAAUUACUGAAGAAAACUUCAGUCCAUUUGGAUUUGAGUUUUGCAGACGCAGUUUGAUACUCGAAUAGUCUUGAUUUAGAAAGAUAUGGCGGUUCAGAACAUUGCUGCUUUUGUGCCCAUUAUACUCUGCACCAAAUCCAAACUGCAUCUCCUAUUGUAUGGCCAUCGCACAAUGUUGAGGAGCGUGGAUUAUGUAUCUGCGAAGCAUUCACAGUGUGUUUCUCUUUAAAAGGAUAAAACCUAAAAGCCCCACAAAGAUGGGAGAUGGCGCUCAAUGAAAUCACUGACACUGCACAUUCACUUCAUAAUGCUCAGUGCUCCAGUCGGCAGACAUGUUGCAACAGCCUGUUUAUCGAAUUAAGUAGUAAACCAGAUAGUAAAAAUUGACUCAAGCUCGGGAAGGGAUGCAUGCCCAGAAGAGCUGUUUUAAUGCAAAUAUCUUUUUUUCUGUUGAAGUCUAUAAGCGGCUCCUUUUGAAGCUCCAAUCUUGGUUACAUGUUCAGGAGCUCUGAGAGAGUGUUGACAAAAGACAAAUAAGAGGUCUCUCUUGAAAACGAAACCUGGCAUCUCAGUGAGAUAACCUGUAUAAAUAAAGGUUUAAUAAUAAUAAUAACGCAAAUAGCAUACAGUGCAUGAACGACGUUCAAUCCAGACCGGCUGUAUAAAGUAUGUUCACAGUAAUGAAGUGGUUACAGUGCUAAGCUUGACAGUUUGACCCUUUGGUGUAAUUUUUGUAGGUUUAUGCAUCAGCCUCGGGAGAGGAUUUCAACAGGGACAACACCGGCUACUCGGCCUCCAAGGCAGGAAAUGUCUACCCACCACCAUUUUACAUGCAAGGUCAGUCCGAGCCAGACUUCCUUCAGCUCCUCGCCCUCCUUAUUCUAGUUGUGUGUGAUUAAAAAAUUCAGUCUUACAGAGACAUGAACAUGUUAAAUGUAUCGUACAUCUACACAGCUGGACUUUAUUAUGACUGUGACUUUAGCUGAUGAAGGAAAUGCUGAUGUUCCUGCGUUUUCUAGCUGUAUGUCACUUCACACCCCUAGGAGACCCGGUGCUGAAUAGUGCAUCACGGUCAAAUGAAGUCGUCACAGUAAUGUGACAUGUCUCAUAUGUAGCCUUCAUUGUCUUCUCAUCUCCUGUGGCUGGUUUUCCCUCACCCCUCUUGUCCCCCACCUUCUCCUCCACUGGAUGCCCCCUAACAGACGGCCUCCACUCACCCUCUGAUCCAUGGGGCUCUGCCCGGUCGAUGGUUCAGCCUGGUUAUUCUGCCAUGCUGGGCAACUCCCCCCAUCUGAAUCAGCAUGGCCCCUUCUCUGCGAUUAACCCCCAAGACAGACUGGUGAGUCCUGCUUCCUCACUCUGGUCUUUUUACUUCUCUUCGGGGGCACAAGGUCUUUUGAGUUCUUUCGCACUUUUUGAGUAAUGUGUGAUUUUGAGCCUCGGUUUCUCCCCUUAAAUAAAUGUGUAUCUUUGCUUUCAAGAAACGACAGCCACUGCCCCUCUCUCCCCAAAAUUACCCCCUGCAUGGCAGUGAGGUGAAUGGGGCCCACCCUGCUGGCUUCCACUCCAGCUCCAGCAGCUUUGGAGUCCCCAACCACACACCCCCUAUUGCUGGCACCGACACCAUUAUGGGUAAACCCUCUACAUCUAUUUUCUUUGUCAUACGUGCUUUUUGUGUUCGAAAACUGUCAAGUACAAUUUAUAUUUUUCUCAUUACACUGAUUUUUCUCUCUCCUUAAAGCCAAUCGAGGAGCAGUUCCUGGAAGUUCAGGUGAUGAGAUCGGAAAAGCCCUGGCGUCUGUAAGUAACAUUAAAUAAAUAACAAAAGACUUGUCUUCCACACAACACUCUAAGUGUUACGUGUUUUGACACAAAGAUGUAUUCAGUUCAUUAAAAACAGAAACUUGUGUCUCCAGAUCUAUCCAUCAGACAAUUCUGCCUUCCCUCCAUCCCCGUCUACUCCCUCUGGUUCCCCCCGGGCUGUGUCAGGUAAGAGAAUGGCUUGAGUCAUUUUUUCCAAAAGGCCGAUGUGUAAGCCAGUUGCUGUCACAGUUGACAUUGUCAAACACAAAGGCCUUUUAUAUUGUGUAGGAAAUGAUUUAUUUCUUUUGAAACGUGUUGUCCGACUCAGCUGACUCAGACUUAAUGACUCUUAAUGGACGUAGCUCCAUCUAUUGGGUUUAGAUUGGAAGUAAAACAACAUCAUUUAGCUGUUUGAUUUUGUAAAGUCAAAGUGUUCAGUGGGAACACUCUGUGCUGUUUACUAUCGAUGAAGCAUAUAAAAUAAAAUGCAGAACAUGAAAAAACGUGAUCAGCAUCUGCUUCAGUUUGACUGACAUGUCAAAUGUAAUGGUCCAGGAAAAUAAUAAUGAAUAACAAUCACAUGAACUGAGAAAUCACAUGGCGACCUUUAAAAAAGCUCCUCACAAACUUUCUCCACAACAUCCUGUGAAAUAAAAACGUGGCCAAACUGUUUAAAGUCCUUUACGAAGUCAUUUAAAUAACCAUGCUAUAUUUACUUUUUCACAAUCUGAUUCAGCAGACAAAGAUCUCAUUUUCAUCAGUGGAUGCCUCAAAGAUGGAUCCAGUCAAAUCUGUCCUUUUCUGUUUAAUCAUGAGGCUUUUUUGCAUGCUUGUGACCCUGAACACAGCUUAACCUGCAUUUGAUCUUACAGACACAUACACACACUUACACACACACACUCUCACACACACACACACACACACACACAUACACACACUUACACACACACUCUCUCACACACACACACACACACACCGUCCAAAAAUAGCUUAUGAGAGAGGAAGGGAAAAUACAGUAAAAAUAAAAAGAGGGUGGGGUCACUUCCCCAUUUGUACUGGGGUUAUGAGUGAGCUCAUCUCAAACACGUCUCACAUCAGAUUCUGCUGCUGGCUCAUACAAGAGACACGAGAGGGGGAAUAAUUCUGAACCAAACUGAAACAAGGAACUGCCUUUCUAUCAAAUCUGUUAUUGAUUCUACACAUUGUAAUUAUAGAUGAUAGUCAUAUCUGCUGUUUCUUCAUUCUUCACAUUUACUUUCUAUUCACAUUUCAGACAUUCUGACAUGUUCAAUCUACAGAUGAAGCAAAAACAUUAAAUGUUUAUGUGGCUUCUUAAUCUGGUACACCAGUUUAACUACUACGUAACACAUAGAUCUUAUCAGCCAACCACAUAGCAGCAACACAGUCAAGAUGAUCUGCCGCAGUUCAAACUGAGCAUCAGAAAGGGAGGAAAAAAGGUGAUUGAAAUGACUUUAAAACCCGAGAUACACAAGACUAAAUAUUUGAAUGUCAAACCUCGAAGCAGAUGGACUACAGCAGCAGAGGACCACUUCAGAGGCUACUAAAAACAGGGAGCUAAAAACAGAAAACUAAGGCUACAAUUCGCCUGGGCAAACCAAAAUUGGACAACAGAAAGUGGAAAAACAUCGCCUGCUCUGAUGAAUUGCAAUGUCUGAUGGUCGAGUCAGACUUUUGGAUAAACAACCUGAAAGCAGGUGUACCUAAUAUAGUGGCCACUGAGCAGUGAGAUAGAUAGCAUAAUACACAUCUACUACUAGCCAUGUCUAACACGUAAUAUAUACUGUUACUCUGAGUUAAAAGGAAACGCUCAGUUAUCACAGCAAACAGUGAAGAUUGAUCUCUGACCAUGUGAUCUUUUUUUUCAGGCUCUGCAUCCCAGUGGACUCGGUCUUCAGGGCAGGCCACACCUUCACCCAACUUUGAGGAGGGAAUUCAGUCCAUGGUGAGUCGACAGUUUGUUUUGGAUAGGCCAGAGUUGUUACCUAAGAUUGUAAGAAGUAGAAAAUAAAGUAAAAAAACAUGACACCCAAACAACCAACCAUCUUUCAAGACUGUAUAGCUUUUUUAUGGCCUCUUGUUUUCUUUUUUUUUUUUUUUUAGCCGAGUAAAAUGGAGGACCAUUUGGACGAAGCGAUCAACGUCCUUCAGCGUCACGCCAGUGGACAGGGGGGACCAGGUCUGGCUGAAAUGCACAACCUGCUCUCAUCCAGCUUAGGGGUACCUGCUGCCUUCACCAGCGCAGCCCUGAGUCUGGCUGGUCGCCUGCCUGGACUGGUGAGAUUAUCCACCUGCUGAUCGAUCAAUUAAUCAAUCAAUCUAUCAGCUGGAGCAAAAUAAUGUCUGCUCCUAGGCUAGAAACAGAAACAUAUCAGUGAAUUACUGAAAAAUGUAACGUGAAAUUGCUGUCUUGAAGGUGUCUGGCCACAAUGAAGACUCUGUCGGUCUGCCCUCUAGUGGAGGUCUUAUGCAUGGACACCAUGGCCAUGCACCUGGGCAGCAGGGCUCUCAGCCUGAGAGCUUCACCGGUGAGACUUUCAGUUAAUUAUUUAUUUUUUUAAUUCUUUAUUUAGGAAUGGCAGUACAUGUCACAAACAUUAAGGCAGUACCAUCUUUCUCAGCCAUCCAGUUUUUACAGUUAAAGCACAUUGUAAACAGAUAAGCAUAUGAAAACAAUAAUAAAAUAAAAGGGGUUACUUGAUUGUAAUGUCAGGAAGGGCAGUAACACUGCUGCACAGAUACUAAUUUACAUAAUUCAAGGUGAUGCUGUUGGGCUUCUUUUUGGAUCCCACUCAGUUUGUGUGUUUGAUGAACUCUGUGCAGGCCUGAUGGGAAGCCUAAACCGCUCCAGUAGUGCCGAGGUGAAACGAGAAGACAAGGAGGAUGAUGAAAACUGCUCUGUUACCGACAAAUCGGAGGACGAAAGGAAGGACAUGAAGUCCCAUCUAGGAUCAAGGUAUCUUUAACCUUUCUUAAACGUAUUUGUGGCUUUAUCGAUCAAUCGUGUUUAAAGACUUGUAAUCCUGUCACAGUUCAAGUAACUUAUGUGUCAGGAAAUAAGCUGUCAACUUGACAUUAUAGGUAAGAUUUAAUAUAGUCCUCUAUAACUUUUUUUAUUUGGACAUUUUGGGGAAGUUGUUUGGGUCAAAACCUGCAGGUUUAGUUGUCUAGUUUAGGGCUUAUUGUAUUUCAUUUAGUUAAAAUGUCUAAUUCUGCUUUUACUUGGUUGUUACCUUGAGAGCCCAAACUGUCGACCUGUAAAAGAUUUAAACUUUAAGCACAUUUAAUUUAUAAAAAUCUAAAUCAAUUCUGGGAGGAGUAGUUGUUACAAGUAUUUUACUAUAUUUUUUACUGAAGAAAAUAACGUGGAGCUUGUGUUAGAAUAAGCAGCAGACUUCACUGUGAUCAACCUUUAAGUGAGUGUUUGUUGUAGUCAAGAUGUUAGUCUGUGAUAGACAUGUCAGCGAGGUGUCGACACUGUCAGAAAAAUUUUCCAUAUUUACGUGGGAAGUCCUUUUUUAGUGAACUUGACCCAUACUGUUGUUUCCCUCCCUCCUCAUCUGCCAUUGGCUCUUCACCAGUCUGGAUGACGGGGAAGACAAUGCAGAUCUGCCAGUGGAGGUUAAGGCUGAGAGAGAGAAAGUGCGGAGGAUGGCGAACAACACCCGCGAGCGGCUUCGUGUGCGGGACAUCAACGAGGCUUUUAAGGAGCUGGGCCGCAUGUGUCAGCUCCAUCUGAGCUAUGAGAAACCACAGACCAAAUUGAUCGUACUGCAGCAGGCCGUUAACGUUAUACUCAACUUGGAGCAGCAAGUCAGAGGUCAGUGGGUGUCCAGGGAGGAAGGAAGAGGAGGGGAAGAGCCUCUUUUUCAAACUAAAACUCACACACAGCUUCAUUUUCCAGCUCCUGCUAUGUCCUGCUCACUGUUUAAAAUCUUUUAAAAGACCUUUUAAUUGAGGUCAACACAUCACAACGCUUUCAUCAGGUAGAACUUAAACAUCAUAGUUUUUAGCAGUAGAUCCUAAAAAGAUCUAAAGUAAGAACAUGGGAUAAGGAGAUGAAGCUGUGUGAGAGUUUUCAAUACUCGCCCAUUCUUCAGUGUGUCCUCAGAGGUUUUUGUUUCAUGGUAACACAUUUAAGACUGCUGGUUGCUCUGAUCCAGUGUGUGUUGCCUUGUCUCACAGCUGGCUGUCUGAAAAUGCUUACAUGUGUCUCUGCUUCACUCUCUGACUGGAUUAACACAUCUGUUUGUUUUCCCCAUUUGCUUUUUCCACUGUCGCCCCUUUUUAAUUUGAAGUCCUUUUUACUUCACGAGGAGUUCUUUGAGCGCUCUGAUGUCCGCUGCUCAGAUACUGGUCACUGACAGCCGGGGUUAGCAUGAAAGCAGCCUGUCUGUUGUCAUGUGCCUUGACCUGUCUUCAGCUCUGUUGCAGCGUCUGCAUUUCCCUGCUUUUCCAACAUUAACCUCCACAAACCUUUCACCCUUUCAUUCAUUCCCCUCCGUUCAGUGUCAUUUUCUUUUUACAGAUGGCAACAGUGACCUCUCCUCCUCCUCCUCCUCCUCCUCACACUCAGAUAAAUACAUCCUCUCCUGCUGAUGUAUUUAACACAGUACCCUCAGUCUCUUCUCUUGGCUUUAUUGUCUGUGGCUCUUUUUGUGAUGGCAGAGGGUGUCGCUUCCUUACUCCCCCCCCUCAUUAUUUCUCUCAUUCUGCUGGAUAGUCCGCAAAUCCACCUCGACUUCCAUCCUGGACCCCCGGAUGCCCACAAUAAAUCUUUGGUAGUCUGUUAGACCUCGGACAAGAUUUACAUCACCUGAAAUCUCGGGUCAGCUGUUGUGCUCUGAACUGCAGUAUAUUUAUUUCUGGCUUGAAAUCACUCUGUGAUGUUUCAACCUACACUACCUACAGAUGUAACUGAUGAAAAUUUAUCUUAGAGAAAAAAAGGUUUUAAACUUCUCCCCUCCACUCAGUCUCCUGCAGCCUUGCUCCACUGGGAUCUCCUCCAGCAUUUCCACUUGUAUUGAGAUACACUUAAAAGAUGAAUGGCUUUCCAGUAGCAGCAAAAAGGAUUCUGAAGAGUGAAAAUACAAAGUUUAAACACAGUAUUAGUGGUUUAAAGGAAAAUACCUGCAGCUGUAGGGACGAUUUCUGGCUUAGGUUCAGGGAGGGUUGUGAUUUGGGUUUGCUAACCAGCCCCACCAACCCCCCCUCCUUCUCCUCCUGGCUGCAGCAUUGUCACAGUGACUGACGAGAACCUGACUGCUGAGGAGAAGGAGCAGAGGGAGCGAGAGCGGCGCCUAGCUAACAAUGCUAGGGAGAGGGUGCGCGUGCGUGACAUAAACGAAGCCUUCAGAGAGCUGGGCAGGAUGUGUCAGGUCCACCUGCAGAGCGACAAGGCCCAGACCAAGCUGAUCAUUCUGCAACAGGCUGUCCAGGUCAUACUGGGCCUGGAGAAGCAGGUGCGAGGUAGGUCAGCCAAUGUAGGUUGGUCUGAUCCGCAAAGACAACCAACCGUCUCCAUACAUCGCUGGACAGUAGUCCACCCUCAAGAAAAGGCUUUCUUUUUUUGACUGUCACGUGCUGUCCAGUUUUUCUUUCUUUUUGCUUUGAGAAAGAAGGAAGAAGGAGAGUAUUUGAGGAAGACCAACCCUGCUUCUCUGCCAAACUCGUCUAGCUCUCAUCCUAUCUUCAUUUUCCUCUCUUGCUUCUCUUGUUUUGUGUUUUCCCUUUCACCUGUUCAAGUGCUUGUCUGUUCAAAACUGUUUUUUUUAUGUGGUUCAAGAUAUCAGAGUGCAAAGUUUAAUGAGACUUUAGGACAGUGUUACAUUUAAUGUGUUGUCAUUUUUCCAAAGAGCGUAAUUUGAACCCAAAGGCUGCCUGCCUCAAGAGGAGAGAGGAAGAAAAGGUUUCCAGUGUGGACCCUCAAAUGCAGCUUGGCGGUGGUCACCCUGGUCUAGGAGGAGACGGACAUAUGUAAUACUCAGGUGAGUUUACAGACCCUGAACAGUCCUCAGCACACCGAUACAAUAAAACAUCAUUUUUAAUGUUUAUUACAAGUUUGAUGAACAGAAAGUUCAUUUUCUCUUUUUCCUCUUACAGAUCCUGUUGAUUGUACAGCCCCCAGAACACGUGGCCUUAAUCUUUCAUUGUCAUGCAUCUCAGAGUGUGUUAAUCAACUUUUGGAGAGCACACACGCACACACCUCAUUACUGACAAGGCAGGUGGCCACAUUCCUGAGGAUGACACAAAAAUAACAAGCACACUCUUGUUGAAAGAGGAAAACAUUUAUUAAUCUUUACAAAACUUUGAACCGAGGACAUCGGUUCGGGGGACGUGGAAAUGGGACAUAAGGACAUUCUUAUGAUGAUGUUUUUGUAAGACAUUUUGAAGAGUCGCUUUUACAUGCUGGGAGCAAAACUCGUUUGGAUCAAAUAAAACUUUUGGAUCAAUCGCUCACGUGAGCAGAGUUAGGAUAUGUAUUGUAGGAUAAUUAUUGGCAUUCCCAUCCGAAAAGAAGGUCUUACAUUCUGCACAAGCAAAGAAGGACAACCAAGUUUUCUACCCAGUGAUUGAACAAGAAGAGUAAAGUUUGGUCAUGAUAAAAAUAGCCGUGUUGAUUAUCCUUUUAUUUGUUGACUGAAUUUAAAGGUCGUUUCUUAGACGUACAGCUACCGACUGGCCAGUCAGAGAGCUGCUUACUCUUUUUGAAAAGCCCAUAACUCUGGCUGUGUUUGUAAAAUUUCUUGCAUAUGCUCUAGAGCUGCCAUGGCGACAGACACACAUUUUUCAAUGUUUUUUUUUUUUUUUUUUAGUUUGUGAACUGUGGAUCCCUGAGUCUUAUCUCUAUAAGUCCUGUACAUCUGUUAAUGUUGUGGUCAUGCAAGCGAAAAAGAAAGGCUGGUGGAGACCGACCAACCACUGAUGCAAAAAAAAAACAAAAAAAAAAAAAAACAAGCAAAGACUCUUGGUGUUCCCUCAGUGAGGAUGCUGAGUGGACACAGCCGGCAUCCUUGCUGCUCAGCCGUGGUGGAGUGGUCAGUUUGAACCCUCUUAUUCAGCCAGUGUCACAUCAGCCUGCUCCUGUCCAAUCAAAGCUAAGGACACUGUUACAGCAUUGUGAACUCACUUAUCUCACCACCAUCUAAGGAAGUGGUGAAAGAUGUUUUGCUACAAAAUAAAAGGAAAAAAAGAGAAAUAAUUGAGUAUUGAAAGGGAUCAUGAGUGUUACUGCAACCUUGUGGAGAAUUUACUCAAUCACCAUUGACUGACUUGUUGUGGUUGUUGCUCUGUGUUGAGCAGUGUUUGGUGUUUUCAUUUCUUUUCAUUUCUGAACAACUGCAAAGCCUGUUCUAAAGAUCUUCCUUUUGUAGAAUUGAUUUAUCAUGUAUUUCUUUUUUUAUUUUUUACUUUGUAAAAUAGUUGUAUGAGUUUUGUUUUUAUCAUUUGGAAUGCUUUUUUUGUGUUUACAUUGUUUAAUUGUAACAUGAGUCUCAAUUUAGAUUCCAGGAACAAAGUGAGUUUUCUUUCUUUUCUUUUCAUUUGUGCCAGGUGUUUAGAAAUCAUAGCAAUGACAAAACUUACCUGGCUGUAACAUCACAUUUUGGGAUAUUACUCAUUUGUUGUUUGAAUGCCUGUCCCAACACAAACUGUCAGGCCAGUUGAAAUUCAAUUCUUGCUUUGUUUGAGAUGGCUCCUCCUUUUGUGAGAUGAUUCUUCUUUAAACACCCCCUCUCCGCUUCCUAAUAUCCAGCUUACUGAUGAGCCUGUUGAUUAGUUUGAUGAAGGAAGGGAAGGGCGGUGUGUACAAUCUUUGACAGAAUUCAUUUUUUGUUAUGAUAUGAAUCAUAAAAUGAAUCAAAAAGGGUGGCCUUAGUCAUUUUCCUGACUUUGGGAGUUUUGAUAAUGGUUACUCACCAGUGCCUGAAUACUUCUCACGAUGGAAAGCAUUGCAUUUAUGGACUUUUGGUUGUACCUUUGUUUUAUACUACAUAUGUUUAAGUAUACUUUACUCUUCAGUGACAUCCAGCUGUGUCUCAGAACAUCUAAAUGCAGGAUGGCUCUUACUGAGGCUGUUUCUUCAGUGUGUGUCAUGAAAUGUAAGAUGACUAAUAACCUGAUCUACAGUUUGGACAGAGAGAACUGUACUCUAAAUGUCUCAUCUUUUUUAUGAAUUAAUUUUGUCAAAUAUUUUCCCCUUGGCUGGUAUAUGGAUUAAAGAAGCAUGUGCAGCUGUUGAAUGGGUCUUCAUCAGCUCGUCAUUGCAAGCUGAUGUUGACAUGGAACAGUAUUCGGUUUACAUCUGCUUGUCAGUUUUUAAAAAAUGUUGCCCAGCGGACUAGCCCCAAACAUGAUUUUUGUUGUCAGUUACUUUAGCCUUUCAGGGGGAAGAACACGGUGUUACGAUCUGAAAAGUGGCCGCUAAAGACUUGUAUUUUUAUUUCUUUAUAUGAAAGAAAUGUCUGCAGUAUCAAUGUACCAAAACAUACACUUGGUGUUCUUUGUCAACAGAUCCUCCCUGUUCUCAACAGAUGACCUGCUCCAGAACUUUGUCUUCACUCAUGUUUGAGGACAACAUCUAUGUAGGCUAUGUCCUCAAAGUGCCUCCAGUUUCCUAUUUUUUAUAUAUAAAGUAGAUAUUGAGAACUGUUGUGUACAUAACAGUAAUGUAGCAAUAAAUGUGCCAUUUUUAAUAACAAUCCC